AUGCCAGCUCGCUUCUGUGUCUUUGGGCUCAUCUCCGUGAUGUUCUUCGCUAUGCUGACUGGAAAUGGCCUCCUGAUCCUGCUGAUCCUGGUGGACCCCCUUCUGCACAUCCCGAUGUACUUUUUCCUGUGGCAGCUCUCUCUCAUUGACAUCCUGUUCACACUGGUCAUUGUUCCCAAGAUGAUGUCUGACUUCCUUCUGCACAAGACUGCCAUCUCUGCUUCUGGCUGUGGGACACAAAGCUUCCUGGGAUGGGCCUUGGGUGGGACCAAGUGCAUCCCUUUGGGACUCAUGUCCUGUGACCAAUACAUGACCAUCUCUAAGCCUCUCCACUAUCCACUGCUCAUGAACUGGUCCCUCUGCAGGCAGAUGGCACUGAGCUCAUGGUUGAGCAGUGCUUUCAAUGCAUUGGUGCACAUGUUCUACACCAUGAGCUUCCCUUUCUGUGGACCCAGAGAAAUUCAUCAUUUUUACUGUGAAAUCCCUGGUGUCUUGUGGCUGUCUUGUGUGGUCACCUUGCCCUUCAAGACAGGGGUGUUGAUCAGUACCACCAUUCUGCUUCUUGUCCCAUUCUCUGUCAUCCUUGCCUCCUACAUGCUCAUCCUGGUUACUGUCAUCCACAUGGCUUCUGCAGGAAGCUUUCUCCACCUGCUCCUCUCACAUGACCAUGGUGCCAGAAACACAUCUGGAUUGACAAGCAGCCAGGUCAAGGUUUAUACUCUGCUAAAUGAAGAAUCCGCAGCUUUGCCUCCUUCCCAUCACUCCCUGGCACAGAGCAAAGAACCAGAAGUGGCUGUGUGCACAGGGACUCGGGCCUGUGCCUGCACGGGCGCUUCACCACCUGAGCUCUAA